AUGAAACCUUCUCAAUUAAUAAGAAAUGAAUAUAAAUUAAUCCCGGAGGGAGUGGAUUGGGUUAAAAAUGCAGUUAAAUCGUUCUCUCCAGCAGAGAAUCGUUUAACAUUAAAUGAAGGAGAUAUGCAGUUAACUUAUGAUUAUAUGGUGAUUGCGACUGGAUUAGAGUUGAGAUAUGACUUGAUCGAAGGAUUACCUCACGGACAAAAAUCAGUGUUGGAAGCACCAGGCGUUUGUUCAAUUUAUUUUCCCGAUGGAGCGAUAAAAACACUGGCAGAAAUAAAAACAUUUUCAAAAGGACAAAAUGCAAUAUUCAGUUUUCCAAAUACCCCAAUAAAGUGUGGAGGGGCACCACAAAAAAUUUGUUAUUUGGCAGAGGAUAUAUUUAGAGAAAAGGGAGUUCGGGAAGGUAGCAAAGUGAUUUACUGCACUUCUUUGGAAGCAGUUUUUGGUGUUCCAAAGUAA